AAAAGCCAUUUAGUCAACAGCUGUGUUGAGACAAUAGCAGUGAAGAUGGAUCAGCACUAACUAGCAGAUUUGUCUGUGGAGGAAGACGAGAGAUGAUGUAUUAAUGUUUUAAAGCGUCAUACGAGGAUUAUCUCUAUUUGCCCUAACAGCUAUUCGUUUUCCAUUGGAAGUCUAGAAGAAGGAAAAAAAACACUUGUGUGAGAAGAAGACCUUUCAUAUCUAUAGAAGAGAGUGCCAGACACUUUGGACAGGGUGUCCUCUGUGUAUGCUCUGUGGUGAUGAACUUCAGUGGGUUUUGAGCGCGAGAAACUCUCUUUAAAUCUCAAACACUGAGGAAAAGUCCUGAAGAUGAAGAGAGCAACGGCAGCACUUCAACUCUGUUUGUGUAUCUUGGCGGUAAAGGUGACAUUUGGUAAGGUCUGCACCAGCGAGCAGUUUACAGAAACAGGAGAAUGCUGCAGCAUGUGUCCUGCGGGCACUGGUUUGGCAAAGAGCUGUGGUCAGGAAGACACCAAGUGUCAGCCGUGUCAGGAUGAUGUGUCGUUCUCAGACUCUGAGACUCUUUCAGCUUGUCGUCCUUGCGUCCGCUGCCCCGCCGGGAUUCCUGAACUGGCACGCUGCACACCCACGCAGGACACCCAGUGUGACUGCGGUGACGGUUUCUUCCUGUGGCGGGAUGUUAACGGCACAAGUGGGCUGUGUGCGGCCUGUGGCAUGUGUGAACAUGGAAGCGGAGUGGUUCGGGCUUGUGGGCCACUGGGAAACACCGUAUGUGAGCGGUGCAAACCAGGGACUUACUCAAAGAAGAGGAGUGGAAGGAAACUCUGUGUGCCCUGCUCGCGCUGUAGUGAUGACGACGAGGUGGAGAUCAGACCCUGCCAGCCGGACUCUGACACCAUCUGCAUGGUAAAAGACCUCAAUGUCCUGGUCCCCCCAUCUGGUUCUGAACACCCCCGAUGGCCGUCUCUGAAUGAGGAAACCGAAAGCAGUCCAUCACCAGGGUCUGAAUCCCCCCGACUCACUCCACAGGACCAAGGGGCUAACAACAACAACAACAUCCUUGUCUACGUGUCUGUACUGGCUGCCGUGGUGCUCGGCCUCCUGCUCUACGUCGCCUACAAAUGCUGGAAGUCAUGUCAGCAGAAGCAGGCUCUUAUGAAAGCACGGGUUGGCGAGCUGAAUAAUGUCGGGGAAGGAGAGAAAUUACACAGCGACAGUGGCGUGUUCCUGGACUCUCACAGCCUUCAGGAAAGCCAGCCUAGCAAAGGCAGUAAACGAGACAGCAAACAGGACACACGGCUUUAUGUGAACCUGCCGCCCCACAGGAAGGAUGCGGUAGAGGGGCUUCUCACAGAGGGGGACAAUCGAAGCUGGAGACAGCUAGCAGUCGCUCUCGGUUAUGAACAGGACCGCGUGGACGUCUUUGGACGGGGCCAGGACCCUAUCCACACCCUCUUAACUGAUUGGGCCCAAAAGGAAGGCUCCACACUGGGCCUGCUCUGCUCCGCUCUCACACGCAUUGAACGGCCGGACAUCAUCAGCGCCCUCACCGCCCCGUCUCAAGGAGUGUCAGUGGUCUGAAUACUUGAAUACGUUUCUUAAAGGGGGGGUGAAAUGCUCAUUUUCACUAAAUCUCCUGUUAAUCUUAAAUACCUAUAUAGUAGUACUGCAUCCUUCGUAUCUCCAAAAAGUCUUUAGUUUUAUUAUAUUUAUAAGAGAA